GUUUUCAGGUAUACUCAAGCCUCUCCACGCAGUGAAUGCGUAACAAAUGUAUGAUAAUGUCAAGAUAAUGAGAACAUAUAUGGAUACUGGUUCGUUUGUAAUUAUUUGGAUAAACUUAUCGACCAUGAUAAAAGUAUAAGCAAACUAAACACGAACAAGUUCUGAUUGUGAUGGAGGACGACUUUGAAACAUCUAUAGACAUUGAUGUAGAGCAGGCAAAUGAGGAAAACAGACGCAGAGAGAUUACCUUGCAUGACGAAGUGCCGGGACGAAUGCCUUUAGCCAAUCAAAUGUUUCACGAGACAGCUAAUUGGUCUGCUACAGGUGACAUCGCUUCCGGUAUCGUAUCCAGUAGUGACAUUGACCGUGUUUCACAUCCAAGCAACACAAACGAAACAUAAGAGAUCAAGCUCGAGGCAGUCUCUGCAUCCGGGUGCAAAAACGGAUACACCAGAGGACAAAUUUGUAUGGACGACUGUUCGCAAUGUUGCGGUAUUUGCAUGCGCGAUUUAAGAGUUAAGGUAGCAGCAUUUUGUGGCGGAAUCGGCGACGCUUUGUGUCAAUGUGCAAAUGGAAUAUGUAAAGGAUUGUCUUUGCUAGCGACUGGAACAUGUACAGGAGUGUCAUUACUAGGGCAGUGUUUAUAUGGAAUUUGUUCGGUGCAGGUAUAAGCAAACUAAACACGAACAAGUUAUGAUUGUGAUGGAGGACGACUUUAAAACAUCUAUAGACAUUGAUGUAGAGCAGGCAAAUGAGGAAAACAGACGCAGAGAGAUUACCUUGCAUGACGAAGUGCCGGGACGAAUGCCUUUAGCCAAUCAAAUGUUUCACGAGAGAGCUAAUUGGUCUGCUAUAGGUGACAUCGCUUCCGGUAUCGUAUCCAGUAGUGACAUUGACCGUGUUUCACAUCCAAGCAACACAAACGAAACAUCAGAGGUCAAGCUCGAGGCAGUCUCUGCAUCCGGGUGCAAAAACGGAUACACCAGAGGACAAAUUUGUAUGGACGACUGUUCGCAAUGUUGCGGUAUUUGCAUGCGCGAUUUAAGAGUUAAGGUAGCAGCAUUUUGUGGCGGAAUCGGCGACGCUUUGUGCCAAUGUGCAAAUGGAAUAUGUAAAGGAUUGUCUUUGCUAGCGACUGGAACAUGUACAGGAGUGUCAUUACUAGGGCAGUGUUUAUAUGGAAUUUGUUCGGUGCAGUGGUUACUGCACUUAUUCCUUCCACUUUGUUCGAUGAGCAUCGCAAUAUCCAGUGUUGUAUUGCCAUACUGGGCCUGGGGGGAAACAGACGACGUAGCGGUUGGUCUGUUUAAGUGCUGCAAUUUCACUGAGAAGAAUCGCAAUUCCACCAUCAGCGAAUGUUCACCAUUAUCUGAUUGUUUUCCAUCAGAAUCUAAUGUUAAUUCGCUCAUCAAGGCAGCUGCCGGUAUACAAAUCAUAUACAUUGCUUUCCACGGUAUAACUAUCUUAUCUACAACAAUAAGCCAGCUAAUAAGAAAUUCGAAUGAAAGAGAAAGAUGUCAAUUUUACAAUGGAAUGGUUGUCUUUCUUGCAGCUACCAUUUGCUUCAUCAGCAUCAUCGUAUCUUUUUCCGGUGUUAUCCAAUCACACAGCUUAAAAGGAGUACCUCCACGCCUGUCAAUCAAUCUUGCGAUAUUUUCAUGCGCUGUGUACAUCUCUUAUGCAGCCGUUUGCGUUAGGAAGCCGACACUCUAUAUGUGUACCCAUUUCGAUUGCUGUAAAUUAUGUGGCGAUUUAUACGAUGACAAACAAAUUUGUUUUAAAAGCUGUAUCUAUUGCAGCGAGUUCCACAUUCUGGCUGCCGAGUAG